CAGUCAUUUCCCAUCAAUAACGCGUCAAACGGUGAACAAUUCGGUCGGUCGGUCGGUCGAACGGUCAAAGCAGGCGGUGAUCCAAAGUGCGUUUCAAAAAAGGCAUUCACGCGAAAAAGCGGAUAAAAAAUAACGGAAAAGUGAUUGGUGAAGCGACGCGUGCCGAAAAGCAGUCGGGGAAAUUGGAAGUGGUGCUGCAAAAAAAAAAAAAAUAAUAAUAAAGAAUAAAAUUGAUCCGGUGAAGAUAACAGGAAGAAAAAAAUUGAUCUGUGGACGGAAAUAUUUCCGCUUGGUUUGCUCCAGACUGAUUUAUUUUUUCAUUUUGUUAGUUGAAAAAUUUCGAUUUAUAUUUUUUAUAAAAUAUUGAUAAACGUAGAAAAAUUUGAAAUAUUUACUAUCUUGCAACCAUUCAUUGGCAUGUGAACACUUCGAAAAAUUCAAUGAGCGCUUGAAAGAUGUUUGCUGUGAUAAGCCGAACAAAGUAAAUGAUUCAUGAUGGCUGUAAAUUAACGUGCGACGAAUCCAUUGCUAGAUAUAUUCGAUACCAGAGAAUAUUUUUCGGAUCAUACACAGAAUCCAAUUGCAGUACUAAACAAAUAACUGAACAACAGCGUAAGGAAACCAAACACGUCCGUUCCGGUAGAGAAACUGUGAGCAGUGAGUGCAAAUAAAGCGUUCAACAAAAAAAAAAAUAAAACUAGGACGCGAUUCCACCGGCAACGUUCCGGCAAACGGAAGGAAACGGACUCGACCACGACAGAACGGGAAACAAUUUUUUUUUCGAAAAAAAGCUAAAAACGAUUUCCUCUGCGGAUGAAGGAAUAUGGUCAGACAUCGGGAAGGAACAAUGAUCAUCCUACUAUUCGUCCAGCUCGCGUUGAUCAGCCAAAUUCGAAGCUCGCCAGCUGGCGAUUGGGAGGAACCAUGGUUUGAUUCGAACGAUCCGGAAAAAAUUAUCAUCGGUGACUACAAGGAGCAGACGGGUGAAAUAAAGAUACAGAUGUGGGAGGAAAUAGAAACUCCGUAUGAGAUGGUUAAGCUCAACUUCCUGGGUAACUCGAUCCAUCUGGAAAAUCCGCCUACUCAUUUAGGGGCCCAAAUUAAGAAAAAGGAUGACAAUAAGUGGUAUAUUAUCAUCAACAAUCGACAGGAUUAUGAGCAAAAUCAUAACUCAGCCUUUUUGACACUGAUAAUGAAUGAAGAUAAAACUAAACCGUUAUACGUUUGGAUUGACUUGAUCAAUAUUCUGGAUAAUGCUCCUGUCAUGUCCAUCGAAGGUCCCUGCGAGGUGGACGAACUGAAAGCUGACUUUCUUUCCGACUGUCACUAUACAGUGAGACACGAAGACGGUUUUUGGAAGGACAAUAUUGAAGGUCAAUAUACGAACCGGCUGGACUUUGAACUUCCGGAAAAAGAAGCUGAAUUUUUUGGUAUGACAGAAUCAGAACAACUAGAUGACUACAGCAAGCGCUUCACUCUAGGAGUAAAGAAAGCGUUGGACUACACACAACGGGCCGUGUUCAGUUUUCCCACUACAGUCUACGAUUUCAACCGAACUCAUGCCACAACAACGAACCUCGUCGUGCAGGUUGUAAACGUUGAAAGCCGAGCACCGAUCUUCACCCGUCCGUUCACGACACAGCGAAUACUGGAGAAAGAGGAAUUCCGGACAACGGUCACAGCCAUCGACGGAGACACGGGACUCAAUCGGCCGGUUUGCUACGAACUUCAAACGGAUGACGCAAAAUAUGAUAAAUAUUUUGAUAUCCACACGGAAACUGGACUUCUGACAGUAGCUGCGAUCAACCGGGAUGCGGAGAAGAACGAACUUUACCAGUUUACGAUCACCGCUUUCAAGUGUCACAAUAAAACCUUCCAGACGUCCAACGAGGCAGCUAUCAUUCUGGACGAUGUAAAUGAUAACGUACCGUUGUUCUAUGUUAGCCCAACAUCGAUGACAUUUUGGGAGCAUACACUGAUGGAACUGCCGUUCGAACGGUUCAACAUCGAAGACAUUGAUUUGGGAAUUCACGCAACCUACAACGUGGCGUUGCACGAAAAACUCUCCGAUCAAGAUCAGCAGAGCACAGAAUCAUUCAGUAUCGUUCCGAACAGUGGCUAUCAGCUGGCCAACUUCACGAUCACCAUCGUCAACACCGACGAUCUGGAUUACGAACUGCCGGAACGGCAACACUUUCAGUUGAUCGUAACUGCGACGGAGGUGGCAAACGAGACCCAUACAACCCAGCAGAUUGUAGAUAUUGCUCUUAGAAACUGGAACGACGAGAUUCCCGUGUUCGAUCAAGAGACGUACGAAGUUACGAUCAACGAAACCGACGGAAAGGGUCAUCAUCUGGUUACUGUACACAUCACCGAUCGGGACGUUGAUGACAGCGUGAACCUCACCAUAGUUGGGCGAAUGCAGAAUGAUCUAACCGUCACAGAACUAUCGGCCGCUAGUGAAGAAGCGCCCACGUUGCCCACGUUUAGCUUCGAGAUCCGAAUCGGUCGUGAUGAGGUUUUCGACUAUGACAUCGCUCCCGAAGUGUUGGUUCAACUGCAAGCAAAAGAUACGCUACAGACGGAUAAAAAUGAACCUCUCCAUCAAGUAUUCGCUCAGCUGGUGAUCACCGUUCUGGAUGUCAAUAACAAACCACCGUCGAUUAGUGUACCCCGUGGAAGAAUACACAUCGAGGAGAAUUCUGCUCCGAAUACGCCGGCCAUUAUAGGCGACGGGAUUGCGGAAAUUAUCGGAACUGAUCCGGACUCGACGGCGGAUCUUGAGUUCAGUAUCGAUUGGCAGAGCAGUUACGCGGUGAAAGGUGGUUCGCAGGUUUCGUCGGAUGUGUUCGAGGGGUGUUUGAUAAUUGACGUAGACGCGAGAGAUUCGAGACGUGUAAUCGGAAUGAUUCGAGUAAAUCCAGCCCUGGAUCAGGCCGAGAUAAAUAAUAGGUUAGACUACGAGAAAUACGAAACCUUGUUCCUUACGAUAAAGUUGGUGGACUUGGAACAAGUUGUUCCACCGGGCGAAACCGAAGCGAUCGUUGUUCUCCAGAUAGAUGAUGUCAACGAUAACGCACCGGAGUUUGUUGGCAACACACUGUCGAUCGAGCGUUCCGUCUUGGAAGAAGCCGAAUCGGGAACGUUUGUGGGUAACAUAAUUGCCAUAGAUAUUGAUGGCCCUUUGCAUAACAAAAUCACCUACUCGCUAGCUUCGCAGAAGCCAGAACACAACGGUUUGUUUUCGAUAGAUUCAUUCGGGUCACUUCAGGUAGACGCAUCCAAGCAGAUCAACUGUGACGUCCCAAUCACGUACUUUAUUCCACUGGAGAUAACCCUUAGUGAUGGAACAUUCGAAACGAAGGGAGAGAUCAGAAUCGACAUCACCGACACAAACAAUCGAGUUCCUUAUUUCAAGGAUUUUCCCGAUCAGAUUGAAGUGUUCGAAAAAUCCCCAUCCGGAACGGAAAUCAAUCGUCUCGGUGUGAUUGAUCUGGACCGGGAUGAACCGUACCAUACCGUAUCGUUCGAGUUUGACUACAGCACCGAUUUGCAGAGUUACUUCGCCAUAAGUCUCCUCCAGGAGGAAACGGGUUCGGACGAACGCCCACUACAAGUGGGACUGGUUACGGUGAAGGAAAACAAUCGUGAGCUGGAUCGGGAUGGAGGUCCCGAUAGGUUCACCAUUAGAUUGAAAGUUCAGGACAAUCCAUUCAGCUCGGGUCGGAAGAAUGCGAACGAAACGCAGUUCACGUUGAUCCUGCUAGACAUAAAUGACCAGAAGCCGGUGAUGCCUCUUUUGGAGGAACUGAAACUAAGCGAAGAUGCCGCAAUGGGAAUACCGGUAGUGGAACGGUUUGAGGCAACGGAUCGGGAUGAUCGAAAUACACCGAAUGCCAAGAUUCAGUACAGUCUGAAACGGAUCUGGCCGGACGGGCAGAAUUCUCCGGAGGCAAUUAACAUUGAGGACAUUCCAAAUCUGUUCGCAUUGGAGCAGACGGAUGAGUUUGUGGCUCGAUUCGUCGUUGGACACGACUUGAAAUGUUUCUACGGCAAUUGGAUAGUGGAUAUUGAGGCAUGCGACAGAGGCGAUGAGUAUGAGCUGGUUCCGAACAGUCCCCGCUGGUGUACCAGUUCCGGCUACACGAUUCAAGUUCAGCCGGUCAACUACAUGGCACCGAUUCUCGACUAUCCCCAGGAUGAUGCACGGAUUCGGUUGAAAUUUGAAUCCCUUGCCAACGGAAGACCAUUGGUUAACACUCAAGGCGAAACCAUUCCCAAUUUCAGAGCGACGGAUACCGACGGUGGCGACUUUGGAGUAGUCACUUUUUCACUGACCAGUCAAGACCCAUCCAGCCAGGAUCACGUGUACUUCCAAUUGAACGAAGUGAGCAAAAAUCAGGCUCAGUUGGUACUGGUGAAUGCCGAUGCCAUCGAGGCUAGAUCGUAUCGGGUUACGGUCACUGCAACGGAUGGUGGAAACAAAGCGUCUUCACCGGCCAACGUGGUUAUCGUUUUUAUCGACAUGACGGGUGAACCGGAAUUUCUGGAGGAGGAUUCACCCUUUCAUACGGACUUUACAGAGAACGAGCUGGGUCUGCAAGAGCUUCGUACAAUUCCGGAAGCCAUUGAUCCGAAGAAUGCCGAACUGCCCCCGGAGGAUCAGAAAAAUGUGUUCUACUUUAUCGACAACGCGUACGGAAGUUCCAGUCAUCUGUUCCAAAUCGACAAAGAAAAUCACGUUUUGCGGCUUACCGAAGAACUGGACCGCGAAGAGAUUCCAGCACAUGAAAUCCGCGUGAUCGCUACCAAUAGCAUCAACGGACCGGUAACACCAAUCCCGGCGAACUCUCGAUCGGCUUUGAUCGUGCACAUUAAAGUCAACGAUGUCAACGAUAAUCCUCCAAAGUUUCGCUACCGGUCCUACGCUGCUGGCAUCACUGUAAACGACUACUCCGGAAAAAUCCUUUUCCAGGUUAUAGCUGACGAUCCGGACGAAGAUGACGUGAUCAGCUACACGAUCGCACCGGACUCGCUGGAAGCAUUCGGUACCGGUUUAUCCACGACACCUGCUCCCUUCAGUAUGGACUUGCAGAGUGGCCAGCUUUCGCUUGCCACACUGGUGCAGAACAACAUGAAAGGUUACUACACAUUCACGAUCGUCGCCACCGAUUUGGUCGACCACACCGAUUCGGUUCCAGCCAAGAUCUACAUUAUUGCGGAAUCCAACCGAGUGAAGUUCGUCUUUCUGAACAGCAUCGAUGAAGUCGAUACACCAGAGAUGAGAAAUUUCCUUGAGGUACAACUGAGCAAACAUUACGAAAUGGAUUGCAACAUAGACGACAUCGUACGGGGUACGAUUGGUGAAACGGGUCGCGCCGAACAGGACAAAGUAACCGACGUACGGGCGCAUUUCAUUCGAAACAACGAGGCCGUGGAAGCAAUCGAAAUUCUCCAACGAUCCAACGACCGUGUGUUUGUCACGAACCUCAAGACCGCACUGUCCGCGGCUCAGCUGCUACUACAGGAUGUUCCCAAUACCAUCGUCGAGGAACUGGACGAAAAGAGUGAACUGCUUCGAACGAUCCUGAUAGCGAUCGCAUCCGGUCUGGCGUUGAUUUGCGCUCUUCUGGUGGUGGCAUUCUGCAUCAAAAUUCGCAGUAUGAAUCGUCAGCUCAAGGCUCUGUCUGCUACCGACUUCGGAUCGAUAGCAUCCGAAAUUCACGAAGGCCGAAAACUACCGACCACGAAUGUUUUCUCGGUCGAAGGAUCCAAUCCGGUACUGAACGAUAAAGACUUUACCAAGGGGGCGUUUGAUGACGUCAGUGUUCAAUCGUACGAGUCUGACUUUGUUGGAAUUGAUAAUGACAUUUUUGCCAUUCAGAGAAAGGAGGAUGAACUGAACCCGGCUUUGAUAGAACACAUCAAACAAAGAUCACUCAAUCCGAUGGUUAAUGGUGGCAAGUUCGGCCCGGACGACGGCUCGGGCUAUAUGACGAAAAAAGAUUCGGAAUCCAGCACUGACGAGUUGUCACAUCGAUUUUAACGGUUUGACUAACAAUAUUACUAGCAAUUAUUACUAGCAAUUGUCACCGUAUGGCGAAAAAUAAGGAUAAGGGUACACAUUGAGAGAUUAUCGCUUAGACUUUUUAGAUUUGUCAAUACAUUUUCUGCCGAAGAGGAAA